AAUACGAAGAUACAGUAGCCUACUGGGCUCUGAACUUGAAGAAACUGUGUGGAGUCAGUGCAGUUUCUCAGGAUCCGUAAAAGGGGCAGCAUUAAGACUCAAUUCUGCUCAGUUAAUUAAACCCAAAACCACUAUGAACACCUCUGUAAUCAACUCCAUCCUACCACUCAACCACACCUCUUCGGACUCCGGUCUCCCGCCCUGGUACGAGUUAGACGUGUGCAAAGAGGUGCCUGGUGGGUUUGUGUUCUACUACCUAGUCAAGGUCUUUAACCUGGUGGUGGGCUUUCCUGCCAACAUCAUUGCAAUGUGGCAGAUGGCCAAGAAGAAGAGUGACUCCUCCACCUCCGACAUCUUCAUCUUCAACCUGGCCAUCUCCGAUGCCUACUUCUGCCUGAUGACCCCCAUUGAUCUGGUAAACCGCCUAUUGCUCAGCGACAAGCAUAUAUGGUACUUCCAGCGCUUCGCCUACGGGAUCAAGGACACCACCCCGCUCUUCCUCACUUGCAUUUGCCUGGACCGCUACAUGGCUGUGGUCCACCCCAUUGUGUUUACCGGCAUCAGGGACAACAAGAUCAGGGUGGCCGUAAUCAUGCUUGUGUGGGGGCUCAUGCUGGCCUAUGCCCUCACCAAGUCCAUCGCAGGGGCGGACAGCGCGGUCAAUGUCUUCACUGGGCUGAUCCUGACUGCCUUCAUCAUCAUGGUCUUCUGUAACUUCUCGAUCAUCUGGAUUCUGAGGAAGUCGGUCAUGGGCAAAGAGAAGAUGCACCCCAUGAAGAAGAAAGCCUUCAGAACAGUGGUCAUCACCCUGGCCAUCAUCGUCUUUAACUACCUGCCCCCAGUGGCUCUUUUUCCUUUCACAGCCUACUACAGCUUCGUGGAAUUCAAGUGUCAGAUCAGCAUUACUGUCUACUCCAUCAUGGACCUGAGCUCCAGUAUCGAACCCCUGCUGUACAUGUCCAAGAUGAAGCGGCCCCCCUGCCUCGCCAACCUCCCCAGCAGCUGCUGCCAAAGCCCUUCCGAAGAGUCGCAUGAUGUAAGCACAUGAGCCGCACCCACGUAUCUGGUCUGUAUUAGGUUGCUUCUAAAUAGAGUCAUUAACCAAAAAAGAACAUUUGACUGAGAGGCUAAUGGUUUGGAUAUGUUUGCAAGAAAUAUGUUUGACAGAUAAAAUAACCUGCAAUUUGUGUUUGGUUUAACUGUAGGCUAAUUAGGGAUGGGACAACAAUCUAUAUGACUAUAUAUCUCUGC